AUGGAGGCUCUGGAAAUCGGUGUGAGCUUCAAGCACUCCUUCGUAGUUUUAAAGUAUCGCCAUGUCUCAUCUGGUUUGGUCCGGAAACGGUCAAUGCCUGUUCGAAAUCUGACCAAAAGCUCCGAUUGUUACGCCGAAGCCGGCCAACUCAAAAAGAGACAUGACAAAUACCUCCGAGACAUUCCCACUGUGCGGAUUGAGAAGAUGAUCAAACUUUUACAAGAUACCAUGAAAGGGAAAAGCUUAGUUGAGGCAUUGGCCGCGGCUAAAAUGGAUUUUAGUAUCAAUUUCGAUGAGGAUAUGAAUAAGUUGACCGAUCAGGAAUUACAAAGACGCAAGGAGUUGAUGGAUGUGACUUUUCAAAAGAAACAGGUCAAAGCGGGCGAUCCGGAUUUUAUUUAUGACAAGCAGGUGGAUUUUUCGGACGCUGCCAAGCUCGAAUCGGGUUGGGACUCGCAAGAAGCUAAAGAGGAAGAGGAAGAUUUCUGGUCAUAG